GUAGGAUGGCUUCAAGGACCAGCCAGGAUCCCUUGACAGGGCAGUAAAGAUUUCCUGUAAAGUUAGUGCAGUCUUUGGUAUCCUUGGGAAGGGAAAUAGAUGGAGAAGUCCUGGCUGUGUGGAGAGACUGGACUUUUGUGUAGAUGGAACUUGCUGUUUCUCCAGGUUUUGAGUGGGUUUUCUGUUUUGCUGAGUUGCAGUGAGAAUUUCCUACAGUCUCCUGCUGGCUUUUUGUCCUGGCUGAUGUCCCAGUAAAAGUGCUUUUGCGACCAGGUUAAGUGGAGGUCUGCCGCUCUUUGUGGUGUGAAGGCCCCUUCCCAGCUGACCAGCAAAUGGGAAAGUUGGAUCCAGGCUCCCACAGCUAGUGCCGAAGUCCUCUGCUCAACAGGGUCCUUCUCCCAGAGUGAGAGGGUCUGUGGUUCCCAUUGUAUGCUGCCUCUUGUCAAUUAGUACCUAUGCCAUAUGAUACUUGGUACCUUGUUGAACCUCUACCAAAGAUCAAGUAAAUUAAGUCAUAUGGGUCAUUUUUAUAUGCUUGAGUCACCUUUCCUCUCUACUUACUGACUGUUCUGAAUGUCUCUCAGCCUUCAGAGGCUAGCAGUUUUUCCUCGUGAUUGUUGUGCAAGUGUAAUCCUAUCUGGUUACAUUAAGUGCUGUGCUACUUAAUGCUUAAUCAUUCUCUGCUUGUGCAAGAUAAUUUUUCAAAAAUAAUAGAAGUGUAUCAUUUUCACUAUAUUAAUAAUUACACUAUGUAGAAUUCAGAAGAAUGUCAGAGUAAAAUUUCUGCUGUUAUGGAAUGCUGUUUGAGAAACUAUGAUUGUUUGGUUUUGGGGUAUUGUGGUUUUUUUCGCUGGUUUCAGGGGACUGACAAAAGAAAAUGGCAUUACCAUUUUUCACGUGGUUUGACCCAUUAGAUUGUCUAGUAGAAAUUAUUUGAGUAGGCGUCAAAUUGAAUUGCUUUUACAUUUUCAAGACACUUAAGAUAUAAAAUAGAAAAGACAGCACUAGAUAAACAUGCUGCAUAUGUAAUAAUAUUACUGCCAAGGAAAUUUAAUUCAGUCUUCAGUGAUGGGUUUGGGCAAAUGUGCUGCAUUUAGCUAGAGAUAAGUUAAUGCAUUCAGUGCAGUCUCGAGUAACUAGGAGCAGAAUGAAACUGAUAUUUUGCAUUAGUUGUGUAUUAUUUAUUGUAUCAGAUAUAAGUGUACAGCAUACACCUGAUACUACCACCAUCUGCUUGCUAUCAGAUACUGUGUCUGCAUGUGCAGAGGGCAGGAUGGUGAUGGUGCUGUCUGAACUUUCCAUACAAGAGUUGCCUUGGAACAGCUUUCACUUUGUAAACAAUGACUUUGUUAGUGUUUUUCUGGGUAAUAUUCUUUGGCAAUGCUGUAGUUUUGCCGUUAAAAAUCAAGAUUUGUGUUGGCAGUUGGCAGCAAUGGGCCUAUAUUUUAUAUCAAGGAAGUGAAAAGCAGUGAUUAUAAUCAAUUCCUGUAAGAAACCAGUAUUCCUGCUCUUUGAGAGUAGCAAUUUGUAGGAAGACUCCUGGGGGUAGUUCAGUACCAGAAUAUAUACUAUGAAGGGGAUGAAAGUCUGCCCUACACCCUGUGGAGGCAUGACACCCUUUUUACAGAAAGAGAAGCUGAGUCAGAGAGGGGCUAAAGAAUGUCUUCUAGCUGAGUUAAUUUCUGCCCCAUAUGCAGCCAGAAACAGCUGAGCACCUGACUGCUCUCAAAGGUGAGAAGUAGCUUCAGGGUGGUGAACUUGGAUUACCUUGCUCUGCCAAAGAGUGCUGACAGCUGCAGUGAUUUCCUUCCUACCUGCAAAAGGAUGAGCUCCAGAGGAUGGAAGAAAAAUGUUACUGCAUUGAUCUAGAGCUGUACAGUCCUGCUUGUGUUUGCCCAGGAGCUUGGAAUGGUUUAUGGCUGGGCAGACCACUUUCCCCAAGGAUCAAUGCAUGGACUAGACCUGUGUUUCAUGGGCAGUUUUCCUAACCAUGUGAGCUGUCCUGAUGAUUUAGCAGUAACCAACUCCUGUAGGUUGCUUUCCUGGGUUUCUCAUUUCCAAGGCCUGGAAGCGUGGUAGAGAUGAGACAGAAAUAUCCUUCCCCAAGGAAAGGGGGAAAGCAGUAGGUUGUUCUGGUGUUAGUAGGGGAAAAUAUUCGUCAGUGAGUUCUAGGGAAUGAUACCUUAGUCACUGAUUGAAGGAGUCUUUGAGAAGAUUGGGACAAUGCAACCAGAAGGGAAAAAAAAGUAAGUGCUGGCAAUGGAAGAGCUCUCCAGCACUGUCUGAUGGCUUUCAGGAAACGCAGCUGGCAGUGUGCGGCACACGUGGACCUCCUGUGCUCCACUGCUCCUGCAGUGUGUGAGCUACCUAGCUUGCCUGUUGAAAGCAGUACAUCUGUGAUUUGCUGACAGAAACAAGUUUUUUUCCCUCUUCCUCAUGGAAUGCCUUUGGUAGUUAGGGUAGGGGAGCACGUGGUAACUGGGAUAGGCAGACAGUGCCCUGGGGCAAGACAGAAUGUUUGUUCUGACAAAAUUAUGUUUUGUUCUGGUCCGUUUUGUGUUCGUAAAGGUCUCGGUGGUGCAUCCUUGGGCUGAGUGAGCUGGGAGUGGGAGGUUAAAGCCUGCUGGGAAGAGCAGUUUUUUAGGAACUUUUGCUGCUGUAUAUGAAACCCAUGGCCUGUCUGGUUUCCAGCUUCAGAGUUAACAAAGAAAGUUGUCUCAAAACUGCCAUAAAGGGUAAUCUUUGAUUAUCCUUUGGUAAGGCUAGUUUGAGAAAUUCUGCAGGCAUUGUGAGUUUUGUCUUACAGGCAUCUAUGCAUGCAGUGCUCACCAAGAGAGCUCCCUGCUUCUCCCACUGUGCUGUGUGGCUCUGGCACCCUGAACAAAAUAUGCCUUAUUUCGAGACUGUGCAGACUGUGGCACGAGUGACGUACGUCUUGCCUGUGUUCUCAGGGAGCACUGAGGUUUGCAUGGUGUGAGGAGUGAGGAUGUACAAGAAAAAUCAAGUGAGCAUGUUCACUGUGCAUCACUUAGCAUCUGGUAUGUGACUUUGGUCAACUGGAAGUCUCCCUUGGCUGUGCAGCGUGUGCCAUGGGGGUGCAGGGGCUGGAUGGAGCUGAUGGAGUUAAGGCAGGCAUGAAACCUUUACCUCAGCUUCCACCAGUCCCUCUGUGCUGACGCUGGCAUCUCACUUGCUUCUCUGUGCCUUUACGCUUAACAGCAGGACACUGGUGCUUCUGAGACAGCCAGAUGUGCCAAGGAAGCAUUCGGAAAGUUAUGGGCACACAUAAGCCUUUCUGAAACUGGCAAGUGUUUUAUGUGAGUUUGAGAUUUGGAUGAAGAUCAGACUUCCCAAUAGUAAUUAUUAAAAUUGUUCUUUAACGUUCUGUGAAAGCACUUAGGACAGAGUUAGAACAGAGGCUGGUGACCUUAUUGUUCUCCCUCACUCAGCAGUUCAGUCCCCUGAUAACAUUGCCACUUGUGUUCUUCUUGGAGAUUUGAUUAAAAUAUUUCUGGGUUUUGUUUUUUGGAGCUUUUUGCUGACAUUCAUUUCCAAAGUCAUUUUUUUCUUAAUGUUAAUUGCUGAUGUAGGAGACAUUGUGUACUACCGAUGUUUAUUAAAUCAUGAAACUGAGAAAUACCCGUACAGAAUGAUGCCACAACAGGGAUUCCCAAGUGAUGCAGCUCCCCUGAGCCCAGCACAGGCAGCUGCCCAGCUCUGGCUGCUGCUCACAUCUGCAAUGUUCCUGCGACGAACACCUGUCUGCCUCCCUCAGCCCUUGCCUGUGGUCUGACCCAUCUCCAUGCACCGGAUGGCAGUGAGAAGGCUUCUGUGUUUCUUGUGUCUUCAAAGGCUUGGCUCAAGUGUAACCUCUACUUUCUGGCACAGAAUGAGCACUGCCUGUUGAAUGAUGAAUUUGUACUAGGUGUUGCUAUUUUAUCCCCCUCUUCUUACUCCAUUCAUUGGACUAGACUCCAGACGUGAACAACCAGAAUCCUUGCUUGUGUGUAAUUUUUAUUUAAUGGCUAGUUUCCAAGCGCAGUGCUAUGACAUGUUGAACUUGCACAGCUGUGCUGCAGAGAAAUCUUCUGACUGCCCUUUCAACAUCUAUCAUCUUUUAAAAGCGUGCAGCUGAGAGUUUUUAAUUUCUUCCCUUUUUGUCUUUGGCAGAUUUAUUCUGAUGUUGCACAGCUAUCCUAAACACAAGCCUUGUAAAAUGCCUUCUGAGGAUUUAUUUUUCUUCGUAUCUGUUUCAGAAGUAUCCAAUAGUCCAUUUGUUCCAGUCUGGAAGAUAGUAAGAUUAAAUUUCCUCUGACAUCCUUGAGUGUUUUGCUUGCUUUAAUGAUUGCAGGGUUGGAGUCAACUGUAGUGCAAUCUUGGUGCAAUUUGGAAUGAAACCUGUUUAUAACAAAGGUGGCCACACCUCCAAGCCAAAAUGACAACCGUACCUUAAGUUCUGAACUGGUCUGAGAGCAGUGAUAUAAAGGAUGCCUAAAGGGGAGCAGAGCCACUCAAUUCCGUCUCCUGUUGCAGGAUUGCAGUUUGGAACUGUGAAGACAGAAGAUGUAGCAAAAAAAAAAAUCUUAAUUCGCAGAGUUUGUUAAGAAAUGUUAUAACUUAACCUUGCAGGUCCCUUAAGCUUCUGGUAAGCCUUUGGACAGAUGACAACUGCCAAUACUGCACAGUAAAGGGCAAAUGACAAGCAUGAGCCUGGAGAAGCACAAGUGCUGGGACCCUGUCAUCUAGGCUGUGUCUUCAGCUGACUUCUAGCCAGCCGAGCUCUACUGAUCCUGCACCAUGGAGGACUGCCUUCACACCUCCUCUGAAAACCUCUCCAAGCUGGUGAGCUGGGCCCACAGCCACGGGACCAUCUGCAGCCUCAUCCCCAACCUCAAGCACCUGCUGUCCGAGGGGGCCCACGGCAACCUGACUGCCAUGUGGGGCUGCAGUGCUGGCCAUGCCUACCACUGGCCCCUGGCCGCCACUUGCCGGGCUGGCUCCCAGGAACGUGUCUGCUUCCAGGACAGCCGCAGCUUCAACUCAGACAGUCCCAGCAUGCUGGGAGUGCCCUCUGAGGCACAGGCUAGCCCACUUGAGCGUUACCCAGGCCGGCCAGGGAAGGCCAAGUUAGACUGCACACGCACCCGUGACUCCUGUGACUUCUCCUACUGCAGUGAGCCCUCGGAGCUGGGUGAGCCAGUGGAAGAGUAUGAAGAUGAGGCCACUCUCUUUGACAUGGUCUGUGAGUCCUCUGUCACAGAUGAGGACAGUGACUUUGAGCCGCACCUCCACCGCAUGCCUGGUGGCCCUCGGAAGCGUCCACCUGGUGGGCUCCCUGCUGCUGCCCAGACCCAGCCAGCCGACGAGGGCAGUGGCGAGGUUCUCCUCAAGAAGAUCAAGCAGGAGCUGCCUGAGGACUACUACAUCGUGGCCAAUGCUGAGCUGACAGCUGGUGCCGACGGGCCAGCCCUGGCUCUCACCCAGAUGUCCAAGCCCAAAGCACCAGUUCAAGCUGGGCCCUCUGGCCUGGGCCCCACCAGAACCCUACCCCUGCCUGCUGCUGGCCCCGACCCUGACCCACAGCACCUCUGUGCCUCCCCACCUGGCCCGCCCCGGCUCCCUGUGCAGAGACCUCCCCGAGGUGCCCUGGCUUCUCCAGCCCGUGGGGCAAGCAGUGGACCCCCACCUGCCCUGCAGGCACCAGCCACUAGCUCCAACACCACUGCUUUGGGGAAGGCCAUCAGCAUCCCACUGUCAGCCCUGCAGCUGCCUGGACAGGAGGAGGCCCCAGCCACAGAAGAGACCCUGCUGCCUGCCCCACAGCCAGCCCCAGGGGGCGGUGAGGCAGCUGUGUCACCCUCGGUGAGCGCAGAGCCUGAGGUCAGCUCCAGCCAGCAGCAACCCCCUGCUGCCCCUGCUGCCACCCCUGAAGCUGCAGUUCCAUCGAUGCCAGUAGUUUGCAGAAGGACCACUGAAAAAAUUCCCAAAAGGCUAAGCCUUGGCCAGAAGAGCUUGUCAUCUCUACUCUGCGAGAUGCAGCAAGACCAGGAUGAGAGAGCAGCAGAGCUCAGCCGGGAGCAGAACGAGAAGACCAUUCGCAGCACACAGACAGCUCUCCGCAAUUUCCGCGAGUUCCUCAUCUCCAAGUAUCCCUCUGAGACCCGAGAGAUCUAUGUCAUCCCCUGCAAAGAGCUCGAUGCCUACCUUGCUUCGUUCUUUGUGGAUGCCAGGCAGAAGGAUGGGUCUGAAUACGAGCCAAACAGUCUGGCCAACUAUCAGUGUGGGCUGGAGCGAUAUCUCAAGGAGCACAGGUAUGGAUACAGUAUUACCAGGGAUAAGGAGUUCAAGAGGUCCCAGGAAGCCCUAAAACAAAAGCAGAUAGAGCUGAGGUGUAAAGGUAAAGGAAACAAGCCACACAAAUCCAUGAAGCUCACCUUUGCUGACGAGCUUAUCCUGCGCAAAAGAGGCUUGUUGAGCCGGUACAAUCCUGAAGGGCUCUUGAACCUUGUCUGGCUAAACAACACUAAGGCAUUUGGACACUGCACAGGUUUUCAUGGGUCCACCCUCAAAUGGGGGGACAUCCGGCUGCGGGUGACAGAGACUGGGUUGGAGUACCUGGAGUGGAUGGGACCGGACAACGGAGAUAUCAAUGCCAAGAGCAAGAGAGGUGGGACGGACUCGCGGGUGUAUGCCACCCAGCACUCCCCACAGACCUGUCCCGUGCAAGACUACAAGGAGUACGCCCAGAGGCGGCCUCCAGCCAUGCGCUAUGAGGAUGCACCUUUUUACCUGUCAAUCAAACCCGUCGUCAACUUGGCUGCCCUUCACUGGUACAACUGCCAAGCCCUGGGGAAAAAUAAGCUUGCCAAGAUGGUAAAGACAAUGUGUGAGAAGGGCAACAUCCCCGGUAGGAAGACCAACUUCAGUGUCUACCAGAGCUGUAGCACACUGUCAGAAGCUCAGAGCAACCAGCUUGUGCUGAUCUGCAAUAACUUGAGCCAGCAGGCUGCCCAGUCCAUGGCAAGCCAUAGCAAUACUGGCAACUUCAUAGUGUCAGCAUCCUAUGACUCUUCCUCUGACACAGCUUGAAAGAGGGGUAUAACCUGGACAGAUUUUUCUUUUCUGUUUUGUUUCAAGUGUUGAAUUUGUGCCCAAUAAUACACAUCAACUGUGAUUGUACACUACUCUCCCAUAGCCCUCUCUCCAGUGUUAAUUCACUUUAUAAAAAUAUAUAAAUAUAUAAUAUAUUUUUCUUUUUACAGAUAAGUCAAUAGAGAUAGUUUAGUAAUACUAACAUAGUAUUUAUAGUGUUAAUACAAAAAUGAAAGUUACUUAUGGGUUAUAAUAUAAUUGCAGAUUUUAAAAGGACAAAAAUGGUUCUCAGGCAACACAAGAUAGACUGGAAGUACCCUUUUUAACAUGCACACAUCAGUGACUGUAAAUCCCCAGGGAGGCUUACGUAGCAAUUCUCUUUUAAAACAUUUUUUUGACUUCUUGUUUUAACAUGGCCUCCUAGAGUGGAGGAAGUAAACCUACCACUGGCUGCUGCUUCUUACCUGCUGGCUUGUUGUUGAUCAGAAAUGCAAGGAGAUAAGAGAUACAUCAAUGUAAGUCUGUGAAACCAUUUACAAGAAGUUUUCUCUGUUUGUUUUUUUUUGUUGUUGUUGUUGCUGUUUGUUUGUUCGUUUGUUUCCUGAGGCUUAUUUAUGCCAGAUGGAAAAAAAAAUCUUGAAGUCAGCAAAAGGCUAUUUUUAACUUUUGUUUUUGUUGAUGAUUUUCUGUGAUCAAAAUGUCGCUGGUAUUUAGACUAAAAAGUAUUGUUUUCAACAAUAAGCAAAGGUAUGUUGGCAAAAAACAGUAGUAUACAUAAUUUUAACUGUUUAAGCACUGGUCAUUAGUGUUUUGUCACUGUGUAUACUUAAUGUAAAAUCUACUGACUUUGAUCCGCUCUUCCAGUAUUCUUGGGGAUGCAACUGUGCAGAAAAAUCUAUUCUAUCUUCUAUCUCUAUUCUAUCUUAUCCCAAACCAUCUAGAUAAAAUGCAUCAAAUAUGUCUUAAGCCAUCAUUUGAAAUCCACUAAAAAUAACAUAGGGAGCAUAAGGAUAGUUUCAUAUUUUCUACAGAAGACUAAAGAGAUGAGUAGUUUUAAGUACUGGAAAACAAUUCAAAAUCACUUAUACAUAAUCAAUUUUCAUUGCAGACAAUGGAAAUUAUGUGUGUGAUUCUGAGGUUAGAAUUUGGUCCUUUAAAGCCUUGAAAUAAUGAAUGCUACUGUUCCAGCAUGUGACUUUGUAACAUAAUUGUUCUAUGAAUACAGGGAAAACACUAACAAAUUAAGUGUGUCAAUGAACCGUUACCAUUCUUGACCUUUAAAAUGGUGUAUGGUACCUCUCCAGUAAUUCAGCUUAGUUUAUUCAGCGUUACAGAUGGAAAUGUUCCACUAGCAUAUCCUAGAGAUGUGGUAAGUCUAUAGUCAAGUCCCCUGACAUAGUCCGGUGUCCUCCAAAGUCCCUGAAAGUCUCAGCCUCAGCUCAAGUCCCAUGGGUGUUGCAUCAAACUGUUACUGCGGGCUUGUUUUAUUUUUGCUUUUGUGUUUCUUUCAACUUCUUAGCUUUUAUUUCUUUACAUUCCAUCCUAUCUUUUACGUUGAUUAAAUCUACAACUGUGCAGUAACUUUAAUCAUUGCUAAUUCCAAGAAAAGGUGAAACAAAGUAAUGGAAAGAAAUAAAUGUAACCCACCUGGUGCCAUUUAAAAGUGGUUUUCAGAGUAGCUAGGAUGAAGUGUUCCUGUGUAUGAAGGAGGUGGCAGAACACCUGUACCUCACUUAAUCCUGGAGGUCUGUUUUGGGCAGGGGGUGGUUAGCAGAUGUCCCAUAGAAUGUUUGAGAACAGAGAUUUCUUCUCUAAUAAGCAUCUGUCCUCCCAGGAAGCUUUCUGCGGGUGGUACAGCCUGAGUGGUCACUCUGCUCUGCACAGCAGAGCUGGUACAAAGUCUUGGUGCGCUGGGUGCUGACUGUCCCAGGGUCUGGCAUGUCAUGGCAGGGUAAUCACAUUUGCAGGCCUGAGGUAGCUGACUCUCGGGGCUGCAAGGUAGGCAUUGGUGUGACAGGCACUCAGAUUGCAAAGCUGUGCUUUUGUGGCUGUGUUCUGAGGCUUGAGACAAAGCAUUGCCACUUCUGAAGUAACUGCAAGUACCUGUGUCUCCAUUGCUGUGACAAAUCUGGUGAAGAUGAAGGAGAGGGAAACACAGCUGUGAACUCGGUGUGCAGCCAGCCAGCCUGGCUGCUGGUUCCAGAUGAGGCCAGCCAGUUGCUUGCUGCGGGCACAGCCUUGUCUUUUCAGGGCAAUGCUUUAAUGAAAACAAUUUUGCGUGGCUGAUGUUGCUCUCUGUAGGAUUUCAUAUGCUGUUUGCUGCUGAGGACUCAAGUCACUGGUCUCUGUACACAGUGAGUGCUGGGGUCUCAUGCUAGAGAGCUCAUUCAUGAUGGCCUGUAGAGCUCUGCCAGAGAGCUUCUAGAAAAGGUUUUGCUCUCAAUUUCCCCCUGUGCUCACCUCUCAACUACUGCAGGACCUAACCCAUCUUCCCUUCCUCUGCAACAGUACAAAGCCAGGUACCUUCUGGCCUUUGUGGAGCAGCACAUCUCAGCAUCACGUCUCUCCUCGUCUGCACACCCUCCCCUCUUUGCUUUGAAAUUGUACAGAAAAGUAACUACCCCAUGAUGUGGCUCUCUGCUGUCUCUCCCCACAAUGCAUGAAACCAAACAACCAAAUUGUUCUGUAAUUAUCAGACCUAGGGCUUGGAAAUAAUACACAGUUUCUCUGGUUAGGACUUAUUACUUCACAGUGGGCUGCUUUGUGUGGACUAUUAAGUGUGGUAAUCCCACACAUUUUCUUGUCUCCAAGAAGGCAGAUCACUGGCUGCAGAUGAUGUGCAGUGCUGCUUGUGAUCUCUAAAGUGCUGGUUCACAUCUACACUGUAAUUCACCCCCAGCACAGAUCCUGACCCUGACUCCAGCAAGUGGCUACAAAGUGCUCAGAGUGACCAAGAAAGAGAUGGGUACUGCUGGGUUUUGAGGUGGAAGGAAGGGGAAAAAAAAAAAGCAUUUCACAUGAUUUUUACACUCUCAACUCCAUGCACUGUCUGCGUUGCUUUCUGCAGUUUUAGGAUGGUUUGUGCCUUAUUGUGCUGAGGCAUUGUCUCUGAUAAUGUUGCAUGUCAGCAACUUUUGCAUGCCUGGCUAGGCGAUAAAGUGUGGAGUAUGUGUGCUCAUUGCAGGAGCCUCACUUCUAUAAGGGCUGUGUUUUCUCUGCUUUGUGGCAUCUGCAGUAACUCCAGCCUCCAGUGGUGCUGAUGGCAGGUUGCCUGGCAAAUUCUGGUGAGGCAGCCCCAGAUAGACUACUUGUUGAAGCAGUUAAACACAUAUGGCCAAAAUAUGAUGCCCAAGUAGUAUCAUACUCCAGAAAUAGGUAUGUUAUCUUCAAAUGGCAUUUAGCACCACAUAUUGCCCAGUCUUCAUUUGCGGAUGGUUGCAAGGAAUUGAGUGGUGACAGCCUAAUUAAUUAUCAUCUGUAUUAAGUCCUUGGGAGUGUCAUUAACCCACUGGGAGGUAUACUUAUGAUUUAAAACACUGUCAUGGUUUUGUCUCUGCUUGGCAGGGGAGUAGUGUCCCAGCUGCUGUGUUGCUGCUUACGGAUGACAACCCAUUUGCUUGCUGUUGUCUCCCAGUGCUUUGAGGGUGUCAGAACCUGCUCACCAGUAAGUCUCAUGCUCACCAUCAUGGUGUGGAUCUGCCCCAGUAAAAAACCAUAGGGGGAUGGCCAGGGGGUAGUGCUGCAUUUCUACAAUCAUAGUAUCAUAGAAUGGCUUCAGUUGGAAGAAGCCGUAAAGGUUGUCUAGUCCAACCCUCCUUCUGUGACCAGGGGUGCUGACUGCUAGAUCAGGCUGCCCCAGUUCCCAAUCAGCCUGGCCAAUCACAGCUUCUCUGGACAACUGUGCCAGUGCCUCACCACCUUCUGAAUAAAGAAUUUCCUCCUAAUACCUAAUCUGCAAGCCUUUGUCUCUGCCUCAGGCCUGGUGUGUCCCACCAUAACUCUUGAUACCCACUACCUCUUACCAUGAAAUCAAGAGACCAGCUCUCAGAACAUCGUUCGGCUCCUACCCAGCACUGCACAUGUGGUGGUGGCUGGGUGGGUGACUUGCAGAGAUGCCUUGCAGGCACAUGACAGUGCUCCUUUCUCCUUUAUUUUUCCCUUCGUAUUUUCCUGACUUUCAGCAUCCUCUGAUCUGGUGUUGGACCUCUUCAAUGAGGUCCAGCCUCUUCAGCUCACUAGCCCAGGAGAAAACAUAGCACAAAGAGGGGGAAAUCAAGAUAGUUCUCUGCCAGAUUACUGACUUGAUUCUGCUCAAAAAUUGAUGUGCAGCUCCAGUGGGAGAUGCAGAGGAAGAUGUUCCUUGUCUAAAGACUGCAGUUACUGCAGCUUUGGAAACCCCCCAAAGGGUUAAUGCAAUGGGAGAGCCUUCUGUAUAGUUUUCAGCUAAGUUGGUUGCCUUCAGAACCAUUACUUUUGCAUGUAUCUGUGGCUUGCACAAAGUGCUUCUACUCAUCACAGUAGCUGAAACUGAAAUUCUUGAUAUCUGGGUUUUGCAAACUGUCUGUUUAAUUUUCAAAUACAAAUGUAUGCAACACAAUGUGUUUUUAAGUACAGGAGAAUGAAAUACUGUUCUGAACUACCUUGUAGACUACAUUAUGAAGCAUAUCUAAAAUAACAGCACAUACCUUCUUCAUUUGCACAGUGCAAUAAUUCUGUGAUAACAUCUGUGCCAUUGGAAUAUAGGACAAUCUAACAAUGGAAGUAAUGUCCCUGAUGCACAUUCUCCUUUGUGAAGAAUAUCAGUGCUUUUGAGCUAUUUUGUAUCUUUAUUUUUAGAAGCUGCUUAUCACUGGUAUUUAGUCCACAGUGUAGUUCCCACUUAUUUGUCUUAGAAAGGAGUGUAGAAAGUGAGAACUGAGCAGCAAGUUAUACUGCUGCUUGCCCCUUCCUUGCCUGUUUGUGACUGUCUUCCACCAUGGGUUGUGCAAGCAAUGUGUGAACACAUGGAAGAGUGGGUGUUGUGCCAUGCCAGAGCCUGAGCUGCCCCAGUCCUCGGAGCAGCCCUAAGGAAACUGAGGUUCAGGAGGCACUACAUUUCCUCUCUGCCCAGCUUGUAUUUACCCUUUUUUUGUCUCCCUGCCUGAGGACAUCCCAUAAGUGCAUUGACUGAUAUGAUUAAUGGUGUGUGGGCUGGUUAUUCCCCCUGAAAUCAGCUGCAAGUGACCGUGGCUGACCAGCUGGUCUUCCUAUCCCCAAUAUCCCUCUCACCAUCCCUCUGUCCCUCUAACAUUCCUCUCUCCUGGUGUUUGUGACACAGGGGAAGGGGACUGCUCUGUGGAGGGCAGCCCAGACUUCCCUCCCUGCUAUCAAGUGACCUUGUGCUUUGGGGAUAACGCACUCAGGGCAGGCUGCCUCGCUUCGAGUGCAUGCGGUCUGUGGGAUACUGCACACCAGCACUCAGAGGCUUGCACCUCUUGUUUCCCAACACUCUGCCUUUCCCUUCUUCUCUGCUUUUUGUGGGAGUGCUUUCAAAUCAUAAAAGGAGAUGGAACUCUGUGAUGUAUUGAGGGCCAGCCCUUGCAUCUGCGCACUGGCCUACCACUGGUGUCUUUACACUGAGUAGAGAUGACUGAUGCUCCUCUGUACCUACAUCCUGGACUGACACCGGAGUGGGAAUCACUUUGUCUUAGGCAGUAUGGGCUCUAGGAAAGCAGGACCUCCCUGAUGCCCUAAGGCCAUUUGAAUGUAUGGGAAGGAGGAGUGCUGACAGGACACAGAGCUGAGGUUUGAUUUGCCUGAAAUGAACCAAUACACGCUAGGUCAGUGGGGAUUCAGCUAUACACUACUAAGUGUGGCUGGCAGUGGAUCUGCACUUUUUAACAAGGGUUCUUUGUUAAGCAUUAGCGUUAACAAGGUAGUUGUCAUGCUUAAUGUGCGUUGCUGUUGUUGUUCUUAAAAAGGGGAUGUAUUUUCUUUUAUUUCUGUGCUUUCAUGUAUGUGCUGAAUCUACACGCUCUACUGAGGAAGAGUGUGAAGAGAAGUCAGUCCAGCAUAAAGCAUGGCUAUCUUCCAAGCAGGAGAACUGGGACUGCACUUUCUGGGGAUGGUCCCCGUGCACCGAGCCUGCCCUGUGGCCAGGAGCACUGCCACAUCAGCCAGUAUCUGCCACACAUCUGAUGGCCCUGUGCAGGGUCAGCGUGGGUGUCACCGCACCACCCUCUGAAAAAUGAGAGCCCUGGGCCAGCCUGGCAAGGCCACUGUGCUUCGGCAAGCUGAGCAGGGGAAGGCUCCAAGCACAAUUCAGCGAUGGUGCUGUCCCCGUGUGUGUGAUGGACAUAUACGACUGGCACAUGGGGCUGUGUGUAUCUUUGCAUGGAUUUUGGAAAGCUGAGGACCAGCAGGAAUGUGGAGGCUGGUUCUUCCUGAUGCUGUACAGCAUAACAUUAGCUGGCAGUGGAGUGAGCUUUUAGAAGCAGACAGGUUUCUCAGAGCCCCAACAGACAGUGUAGCUGCAUGGCUGCCAGCUCCACGAGUGAAACCAGGUGCCGGUUCCAUCCUGCCUCUGGGGCUCUGCUGAGGUUGUCCACCAGCACCUCGACUCUUCUGAAGCCAAUGGACAGGCACUGACUGCAGCACAGUGCGGGAAGCUGGAGAGCCCCACAGCUUGGAGAUGUCUGCGAGCUUGUUGAAAAAGCUGACAAUAGCCAUUCACUGGAAUAUAUUCAAAGCAAUGGGGAUGUCUAAAGCUUUAACUCCUAAUUUGAUGGGGAAAAAAUCAGUUUGGCACAAAAUGUGCUUGUUACGUGAACUGGUAGGGUUUUAACAGUCUCUAGAGUCUAUGUCUCAAGUCAGGAAUUUAUGUUCUCUGUUUUCUCACUGAAUUGUUUAAUGUUGGUCGAUAAUACAGACAAAUUUUGUUUUAUUAUAUAACUGCCAUUAAAUGAGCUGUCUGUGCAUUGGAAAUGGACUUACUGUUUCCAGGGGAUUAAGACACUGUUACCUUCUCUUUUAUUCUGGUGCUCAGCAUUCAUUACACAGCAGUCACUGGUUUCUGAAAAAAUCAGUACCUUUUCAGAUCUGUAUUUGAUCUGUUGUAAUUAAUAGAAGAUUCAUUCACAGUGCUUGGGAUUUAGUAUGGUAGAUGCUAACUCUCAUGCUAACUUUCAUGCUGCCUGGGGAUUCCCAACCUCUGGGAUUUUUGGCUAGCUCUAUUUUGUACAGUCCAUAAACACCAGGCCAAUAACCAAACUGCCAAGCCAGGGAAAAAGAAUCAAGAAAAUACAAAACAUUCUUCACAAAUACUGUUUUAUUCUUUCUUACACUAGAAAAAAUGAACUCAACAUUAAUUUUACUGACGCUAUCUUCACCAUUUCAGCUGUUCUUUUUGUGAACAGGGAAGACUGCGGUGUUCCUCAUGCCUAGAAUUUGAUCUGCUUUGUGAAGGCUGUGAUCCUGCUGAGAUUGUCUUCUGCAUCAUUGUAGCGUUCUCAGCUGGCUUAAAUCAUGUGUAGCCUUAAGUAGUGCCAGGUCUGCUCCACAUUGCUCCUGCCAGGAUUCUUCCUUCUCUUGUACUACGGUGUGUCCAGACGGGGCUGCUCCGCACAAGGCUGGGUGUGUGGGUGUGAAAUGCAGAGCAGAAAUACCCACAGCACUCAAGACUCGCAGGCAAAUCGUGACACAGAAUGUGUUACAAGAGUCCGCAAGCUGGCAUGGGGAGAAGUGAGAAGUGGAUGGCAGUGCCCGCAAGCCCCAGUGCUGCUGGUGGGCAGCGCUUGGUGCCGGCCCUGCAGAGCUCAGUGAGGAACGCAACCCCAGGCCUCAUGCUUCCACCCACCUUGUCACAGAUGGGUCUGAAACACGCAGGAGAGGGCAUCACUCAGCCACUGCUUCAUUGUCAGGGCUUAUCUGUGCCUGCAUGACCCAUAUACCUCAGGGUCAUCUCGAGACCUAUCAGGCAGACCAGUUAUUCAAGGCAUAAAACAAAGAUGGCAAAAUAUCUGAGUGUAGUGAAGGCAGUGGAAAGGCAGUGGAAAAGCCUGGCAAAUGCAAUAAAAGUGUUUUUUUUCUAAGGAAGCCAGGGGUAAUCCUCAUCUUUAAGCCAUCCUUUAAUAUCCUAUUUUGUUUUACACUGGAAUUAGAAAAUCUUUUCCAUUUGUUUUAAUUAUCUGCUGACUUUAAUUCUGCCUUUGAAAAAUGCUUUUGCUAUGACAACCCCAGUUAUCGUGGUGAUUAGUGUUAGGGAAAAACAGCUAAAGUAAAGCUUUUAUCUUUCCGGGCAUGCAGUGUUUAAUCUUUCUAAUCUUUUAAUGUGAAUGUGUUUUCUCCCAUUCUGAAAAUUGACAAGAUUAGGACUGUCUCUCCCAAAAUAGCAGUUCAAAAGCAUGUUUUGCUUAAGCAUAGCUGGUACAGUACAUAAUCAACUAGCAACAUGUGAGAAUUCUUGUAAGUGACUGAUUGAUUCUGAGUUAAACCUAUGUCUAAGGCUAACUUCCACGUGCCGACUUUUCUAACUCUGCCUAAACUAUAACAAGUCAACUUUUUUAAGAACAGUUUGUAAAAAAAGUAGAUUUUAAUUUUUUUUUGUUUUAUAUAAAAGAGAUGUUAAAAGUUUCACUGUUUUGCCAAACAAUAAUAUUUCUAUGCAUUGUGUCAUUCGGUGGUGUUGCUGUUGAGAUUUUGCAUGUUUUCUAGACGUUCUGACAUCCGUGCAUUUAUGUGGUACUUGUAGAAGUGCUAACCAUUGCUGCUGUGAUCACCACCACUGACAACUGAGAGCUGUACUAAGAGGCUGUGCCAGUCAGCAGGUAUUUCUGUGUGUGCCAUGGUAAAUCUCUGCAUUCUGCCGUUGUUUCCUGUGUUAAGCUGGUGUUCGGUGCCUUCUGGAGAAGGAACCAAUACUCUGGUAGACAGGAGGUGCCAAACAUCUCGUGUCUUCUUCUGAACAGCUGAUCACUUAUCAGCUUGAUGCUUAAAAAAAAAGUAUAAAAAAAAAUCUCUUGAACAUUAAUUUUAAUUUGCAAUAAGGAAAAAAAAAAAAAAAAGAUGCCCAAACAACUGCCUUGAUAAAGCUAAAGGCUCCUGCAGCCAUCUGCCAGCUGUGAAUGUGAGGGGCAAGGGAAUGCGCAGCACCCAGUGUUCCUGUGGGUAACAGAUCCGGCGAUUAGCCCAGCCUGUGAGAGCUGUUGUGGAGCUUGCUAAAAAUGCCUGCUAAUGAAAGCAGUCCUCUGAUUACCUUAAGAAACUGCCAGCUCUCCUAGCAGCUGUGGGCCUGCUCCUGUAAACAAGUGUCAACCUGGUCAAGUGGUGGAUUCCAGUCCCUUUCCCGCCUCUGCUGAAGCCAUGCUUUGCUGCCAAAUGAGCCUUGGAUUCAAGCCCACGAUUUUUGGUCUCAUUCUUUCCAAUUGCUUUCGUGGCAGACGAGCCCUGUUUAUCAAAAUUCUGACACUGCAUUUUCAGCUCCUUUUCCACCUUCCCCUUAGAAUCUGGCAGCAUAGCAGAUACACACACACACAGAAUUAAUUUUGACUUCGCUAAGAUUUUGACAGGCUGAAAUCAUACCAUAUUGUAUUUGUACAACAGAAACAAGCUGUGAAGGAAAUCGUGAUCUGUCACAGAUCCCUGCCGCCAGGCACGGUCAGCUGCACCUAGUCUGCUCUGAAAAUACCAUCUUAUGUGGAAACAGUAAAAGUCUGUAGCCAUUGGUUCUGCAUCUCUACUGAAGGUGAAAGUCUGCUAAACAUCUUGAAAAGGUUUUUCAAAUCAGAAUAGCAAGUUUCCAGAAAAAAACUGUGUGACUGGGACAUUAACAGUGAAAUGAAUUCAUCCUUACUGCUCUGAAGCCAUCUCUGCUCCUCCAUGCAAGGCAGUUUAUAGCCCUUGGGCUGCAAAAUACUUCCCCCAAAACAGAGUUUACAUGACAAUUUUUGAAGUUGCCAUUCAUUUUUGUGGCACCUGGGACAUUUACAAAAAGCAGUAUUGCAAGGUGCAGCCUGGACCACCCUGUCCAUGUAGCAGUCCUCUCUCACAAACUGAUGGAUUCAAGGUGCGGCCUCCCCUCGAAUACUGCAUGCAUUUCUGGGCUCUACAAUAUAGAAAUGAUAUUAAGGUCCAUGAAAGAGUCCAGAGGACAGCAAAAAAUCUAGUAGAAGGUCUGGAAGGCAUGUUCUGUGAGGAGAGGCUGGGCAUGCUUGGGUGCUCACUGCUCUGCAGCUCCCUGAGUGGAAGCAGAGGGACAUGCUGGGCUCUGCUCCCUGGUGGGACAGAACAUGAAGGAAUGGCACACAGCUGCACCUGGGGUAGACGAGACUGGACACUGGAACGCAUUUCUUUACCAUGAAGGCAGUCAAACGCUGAGACAGGCUUCGUAGAGGUGACUGAUGCCCCACAGCUGUCAGUGGCCAAGGGGAAUUUGGAGAAUGCCCUCAGUAAUGUGCUUUAACUGUUGGUUAGCCCUGAAGUGCCCAGGCAGCUGAACUUGAUGGUCUUUCACAGACCCUUCCAACUGAGUUGUUCUAAACAUUCCUAGAACAUUUCUCAAGAUCUCAACCAUCCAAAAGUGAUUUGGAUCCUUGAAGCCUUUUGCAGUACCUCAGUUCCCAUCUCUUAGAUGGAAUGAGGCUCUCCUCAGAAAUAAAGGGCUAUUUUAUUGCUCGGAAAUCCAGUGGCUUCUUCAGAUGCUUUCUGCCAGCUGAGACCAGCUGCAAUGUGUUUCUCUGUUGUUUUUGGUCUAUAGCAGCCAUGUGCGCAUGAACACAACUCCACAAGUGCAGUGACUUUUUGCUCUGUAGAACUCCUGCCUGCAUGGCCCUAAUAUUAGAUGUGCAGGGCAGUGACAGAGGGUCUUAUUUCCUGCAUUUCUUCUGUUUAUAGCUAGGUCAGUCUUGGUCUCCCCAGUCCCACCAAUUGCAGAAAUCAGUUUACCAAUUGCAACCUACUGUAGGGAACCUGCUUUGGAGUGGAGGCUCUCCAGAAAUCCCUUCCAACCCCUAUAAUCCUGUGAUUCUGCAAUUCUAUUUGGUAAUUGGUCAUUAUAGCUCCUUCCUACAUGUUGGCCCAACCUGUCAAAAGGUGUAUCAGGUUCCUGGAGAGCUGGAGCUGUAUAUUCCUGUCUUCAAUUUGGCUGUAGAUACAUCUAUACUGUCUGCAGCGUAGAUUUGAAUCAGAAAAGCAACCAGUACCAUUUCUGUAGCUCUUUGCAUGCUGGAAGUCCAGUUGUUGUUCUACAGAUGCAGACGUGGCAUUAGGUUUUAGCCUCCUGCCUGCGGUGUGUCAGAAGUUUUCCUGGCAUUUGUUCAUUUUUCACCACAGCUUGCUGAUUUCAAGAAGCAAACAGGAUGAUGUUGAUGCUGUCCUGAAUUAGAUGCCACUGCUCCAUCAGCACGAUGCUUUCUGUGUACGUGUUGUCUGUCAUAAGCUCUUGUAAUUGCAAUUUGUCCUAAGUGCACUAUGCUGCAGGAAAAGCUUUUUGCUUUUUUUUUUUUUUAAUUAAAUAAUGAAGUGAAACUCUGUCGCAUUUCUGUCUUUGCUGCUGAAGGGAAACAAGAGAGAAUUUAUCUAUCCAAACCCUAUUGGAAUUUGGGGACUUACUUUUAGCUUUCUUUGGACCCUUUGCAAGCCCAGUUGUAAUCCACUAUAUAAGGCAGAGAUGUUAACAUGAGCAGUGAUACAUUUCUAACACUAAAAAUGCAGUUUUGUGUGGCACCUUCUAAUACAGACCUCUUGCCUCUGCCUUUGGGAGUUUAUAUAUGCAAUGGCUUGUUAAGAGGAAGGAAGAUCUCAAUACAUUUUAAUGCUUUGCAAAUCCAAAAUAUCUGAGAAAGGGAGGUAGUUCACUGGAUUUUUUUUCUGAAAACAUCAGGAAAAUCAUCAGCCACGGUCCUUGUUCAGAGCUACCUGUUCAAGUUUGGUUCAUUCUGGAUCUGGAAAAAAAAAAAAAAAAUGAAGAGAUCUGGAAAAAAAAUGAAGAAAAAGGCUUCACUGGUGUAAAUGAGGAAAGAUUCCAUAGCAUCCUUCAGCCCCAGGUCCACAGCUGGGUUCCCAGGUCUGCCAGCCCUUUUACUUGAUGGCUGGAUGGGUUGUAACUCAUGCGGAUGCCACAUUGCUCUUUCUGCAGCACAUUCUUAAGAAGCACACUUCAAACUGGGUAAGAUCCGUGAGAACAAUAUCUUCAUCAAUGUCAUACGACACUUUUGUGCCAGUUGUACUUUUCUCCCCUGCUGCAAAAUACUCCACUCCUCUUUACUGGGGGUGGAGCAAAGGGAGCAAAGGAAUGCUUUACUGCUGUCUGUUGCACCACACUUCAGCCAGAUGACUCCUUGGCUUCCUUGAAAAAUGCUCCUUUAGUGAUUGAGUACAAAAGUACACUCAAUAAGAAGACAGUAAAACCGAGAGGUCUUUUUAAAAUAUUUUUUAAUGGUCUGAAUUUCAUCCCUUGCUCAGUUAUCCAAUAAUUAGGCUUUUGUGAAGCAUGAGUUCACUCGUGUGUUAAUUGGAGUAUGACAUUCACAUUCACCAGUCUGCAAAUUCCAAAGAUACUCUGAUCUUUAUCACGCUUCAGCUCGGUUUUUGUUCCCCUGUAAUAAUCUUUAACGUGUCUGGUUCUGCUGCCUUAGAGGUUGAUUUCACUGUCCGUACAACAUUUGCUACUAUUGUAGUGUGACUUUUUUAUUUCUGUUUUUUAAUAUUUGCAUCGGUACAGCCUUAACCUUACAGAAUCAAAAAUCAUUUCAGAGAUAAUCAAGAUAGUCAUUGAUGUCUGUGAUAAGUGCAUGCUUUAUUCACAGUAUUUUGUCUGUAAUUUGGUGUAGCGACCGAUUCUCGUAUACUUAAUAAACUGUCUUCUGCAAAGUU